AUGAACAAAAGAGAGAAAAAAUUCUACUUCUGCCUCAUUAUACUAAGCAAUUGCUUCGGCCUCUUCGAAUUCGGAGUGAAAAGAAUUAAGCUAAGGGGGAGAGGUACAGAGCUUCGGCUACAGAAAUCUCGACUUGCAAGAGUUUGGAGCCUUAUCUUGAUCGGAAUCAUUUUAUACACAAACUAUCUCAUACCAAUUUUGGACUGUUGGAUGUAUACUCAAGACAAGUGGAUGAUGUUUGAUUAUGCGAAGAGUUUCCAAACGAUCCUUGGAAGUUUGAUCGUUAUUGUUCUUUGGAUCUAUUGCUUUUUGAAGCAAAAUUCAUUAAUCAAGAUGGCUAACAAAUUCAUCGAGAUCGAUAACUUCUUCGAAAAAUAUCGUCACAUUUUUCAGUUGACGGGAUUCAAGGAUGUCAUCCCAUUCACUGUAAUAUUCAUAAUAAUGUCGAUCGCUGAAGUUGUUAUGGAAAAUGCGGCAUACGGUUAUUACGGCAAAUAUUUAUGGUACAUCUGGUGGUACAAGUACCUGUUCCCUCACUUUGUACUUAUGACAUUCAUCCUACAAUACGCAACCGUUAUCAGAAGUAUGAGGAUCCGCAUGGAAUCGUUGAAUAGAGGACUUGCGAAAUUGACAAGUUCAUCGCAUGACUUUCAGAACAAAUUUACAGUAGCUGGAAGAAUGUUUACGAAUGAAAUGAUGCUUGAGAGUUUCGACUCUAUCAGAAAUCUAUAUGAAGAGCUGUAUAAGCUAUCGGUGGAAAUUUCGGAGUUCUACUCAUUUCCGAUCCUGCUUGUGAUGGCAUAUGUUACAUUUCUAAUCGUCACUUUGGCGUAUUGCUUGGUGACAAUGGUAAUGCAUUUUUAUUCCAGUGAAUUAAUCGUGAGAAUAUUGCCAGGUUUGUCAUUCUCACUAUUGACUUCUCUAUCUGGGCGAUUGAUACAUGAAAUUGAAGGACUUGUCAAGGAGUUCAAGAAGAUAGCGCCAACUGCGUUUGAACUGUUACAUAGCUUCCCUGGUGAUCAUGCCUUGACUACAUCAGUGAUAUGUUUCACACAGGAACUCCUGCACAAAGACCUUGUAUUCACGGCUUAUGGAUUAUUUCCGUUGAACAGCACGUUGUUCCAGUCGAUAUUUUCUUCUGCACUCACCUACUCAAUCAUUAUUCUUCAAACGCAGGGGUCUGGUCGUGCAGUUGCAACUGGAUCCAAUAAUCAAACCCAUUGA